AUGGGUGCAACCUUGGUGAUGGUGGUGACCCUUGCAGUGGUCCUUGGCCUAAUAUUUGUGCUGCUAGCUGAACUCUACUGUUCUCUCUUACUUCGCCGGCGCCACCUCAGAAACAGCAACUCCAACACUAUUCUCACCACCCCCAUUCAACCCAUCACAACCAGAGUCAAUGCUUCUCCUUCACACGCAGCAUCACACCCCCAACAACAGUCAUCUCCGUUCAGUAGCAUCUAUGCACAAGGGGUCCUCCAAGCUCCAAGCAGCAUCCUUUUACCCGCAGUUUCUUGCAAAGAAGACAAAGCUGGGCCAAGGAAGCAACAUUCUAAGCUUCAUCAGCUUGUUCAAAUCCAAAUGCAAACCAAAGAAUCAGAUGCAAGCCUAUGUCAAGUUGUGGUUCAUCCAGAUUCUUCCCCACCACCAUCCUUCAUCUCCAAAGCUUCCCCAAAGCCAAUUCAUCAAGAUCCUCCUUUGGGUAGUUCCAGUGGCGGGGAACACCUUGUGUACAUUUCCAACCCCAUUUAUGAAAAUGAUGAGAGCCAAGGCAGCGGAGCAAAUACCCCAUUUGAGACACCAGACACUUCACCUUCACGUUUGGAAAGAAGUGGUUCCUCUGAGGAAGAUGAGGCACUCCCUUGUGUUACUACUCACUCACCUCCACUUACACCUCCUCUCACUCCAAUGAAGAAGCUCCCUGCAGAGGCUUGUUCUGUUUCUCUUAGAGAUGCUAGGUCCUUGGGCACUUCAGGCAGUGAUUCCCAUAGCAACAAUGGUCUCUCUUCUUCAGCCUCCGCUUCCCCUUGUACUUCUCCUUCUUGGUAA